GGAGAGGCCAGCAUGAAUCAAGCUUUCUAUAUCGUGGUCAACAAUGAUAGUACCUGGUCGUAAGAAAAUUCGAUUGCUUUGAAGGAAAGUUUCCACACAGUUUCUUUGAAGAAUGAAUCUCGCCCCCACCCCACCUCCAGCUCUGGAGCUGGUCUCGAGGUGUUGGAGAGAGGAUUUUUUAUCUUCGUCGUCAACAGCCGGACCUUGGAGCUCAGCCUCACUCGCUCAAUGAGAUGUCAGGUGCCAUUCGGACCAUAUCCCCUCCCAUGCGAACAAGUCCUGUCGGACUUGUUCGCAGCAGGCACGCAGACGGUCCAGGCCAAGCUCGGACUAGUUCGACCUUUCAUAAAACGCGUAAAUUGGCCGGAAGCUCUCAAGGACACAGUCUGGAGUCUCCGAGAAGAACAUCAUCUCAUCAUCGACGCCAGCUCGGAAUAACUGGGCUUCCUUCACUGCACACACAACUUGCAGAGCUACGGCCUACACCACCGUCACUCUUCUUUCAGUUUGAUUUGACGAACAUUUCUGCCCUGAGAUGAAAAUCGAUGGAGUCCAUCGCAAGUUCGGAACUUUCGCGACAGACAAGAGUAUGCGGAUGGAGAUUCUGAAUUUUAUGCUCAGCAAGUUUAGGCUCCGGACGGUCAGUUUUGAUUCUACUGAGUGGAUUUCUCGCUUCGAACUUGGAAAAUUUCAGCAUCUCGAGCAGAGAUGAUCACACAAACGGUGUGCAGCGAUGCACGAGUGCUGCAACGUAAACAGUGGGAGAUGCAACGGGAUGGAAUUUUCCUCCGACUGAAACAUUAUACGACCACGGGGCGGAAAAUAAUAUCUUCUUCGUUGGCGAGCGGAUUGGUAAAACUGAACUGAUGAUCUUACAUGUUGACGAGGGGAAGAAGAAAUAUUCUGUACUCAAGCUUGCCAGAUUCGAUGGCGCUCGGUAUAGUGUCAUCAGAUGGUAGUGAUUCGGCGAACGAUCCGAGCUUUAUUAUCCAGAAUACGUCAGACCCACGAAUAGAUCUUUCCUUUUGCCUCUGUAAUGCACCUGGUCAUGAUGUUCUCCUAGUGAGCAAUUCCGCCAUGGGAACGUGCGCGAGAACGAGCCCCAUUCAAAAUUCGAUGGAAAGCGAUACGACUGUGCUUAUGACAACCUCAAGGUUUCAUGGCCACAUCUGCUCACUCACUAAACGCAGCGAGGGAGACAUGAAGAUGAGUUUGCACGUCGUUAAAGUAUACCCUCGUCACUCCUACUCCGGCAGGAGGUUCAGCAGCUAGUGGGGCUUUCUCAGGUCAAUCCGCCUCUGUGGAUCACAUCGACUAGAAUUGUUGACCAAGUCCUUCAAUUGAUUCACUCGGUGUCAUCUUUUAUAGUUAUUUUUUUGGUGCGGACCAAGAGCGUCGAG